UUGAAGCAAGUAUAAAUCCCAUCACCAUUCAAUAUGCAGCAAGCGGCAUUCACGUCCAAGAUUCCCACCGGGUCGUUAGUCCCAAAACGCUCUUUGGCCAACCGGGAACCUGGAGUGCAUGGAGAAUCGAAUGGAAAACGCUCCGUCAUCAAGCCAAUUUUAAAGCCAAACCAGAUGCAGCAGUGGAACGAGCGAAUGAUUGAAGAUGAAACGCCUCCACCUCUGGUUCCCAGUGAAGUAAUUCUCGUUGAUGAUGACGAGGAUUUGUUCGACUGGGAGCCAUUGGAUGCAACGGAGAUGGAGAUGGCGGUGUUCCAGAGAAUGAAGUUUGAGAGAGAUCUUCGGAAGGCGCAAGCAGAGAAUAUCAAACUGCGGCAGGAAAAUCAACGACUGAAAGCAACAAAAGGGUAUUUGCGAGCCUCCAAGGCGAAUCUCCUGUCCAUAGUUGGACCUACUGGAUUCCCUAUAGUACUGAUGAAAUAUGUCAUGAGAUACCAAAACGAAGCAGUUACUGAAGCAGAUCAUGCAAGCGAAUCCAUGAGAGCAGAGAGCAUUUCCGGAGAUUUUUUUAAAUAUGUUAAUUGAAGUCCAAUAAAUUAUUUUCAUUUUAA